AUGGAAAAAUAUGGAAAAGACAAAACUGAUGAAAUAGUUACAGUAAAAAUUUUCACACAAUCUAACCAGACAUUAACAUAUGCAUUUAGUUUGUCUACAAGUGUAGAUUCAUUGAAAUCAUAUCUGCACCAGGUACUCAAUGUUGACAAGAGUAAAAUAAUUUUAAAACACAAAGAUGAAGUACUUGAAGACGAUCAAAGUUUAAAACAGCUAGGUGCCACUUCUUUGGGAACUUUUGAGCUGUAUUUGCAAGCUGAAGGUAUAAAACUUACCAAGUGCUCAUUUUAUUUACCGGUAGUUGAUGUAAUAACUGUAAAAGUCAAAGGAAAAACGAUCAUCGUUGAAAUUGAAAACUGCACUAGAGUGAAACCGUGGUUAGGUGGUUACCGCGACCUUUCUAGCGGAAAAGUUUAUCACAAUGCCAAUGCUCAAACAGAUUUCAAACCAAAAAUUUAUGCCAACAUCGUUCAAGCAGACAGACCCUGUCAAACAGCUAUUGACAAGGCCAUCAAUCACGUGAUGAUGGACACCGGCGUACAAACGGGUAAUGCGUCAGACGGUAUACGAUGUGUUUCACCAAAAGCUUAUCAAAGAGACUCGAUGUGGUUACAUGAAGAAAAAGUCGUCCAAAAUGUUAUUAUAAUACAACGGGCUUUUCGUCGUGUUUUGAAACAUAGGAAACGUGUCCAAGCAGAACAAAAACAAAGACCGGCAACAAUCAAAUCAAGUGUCUCGCAAUUAGAGUUGAAACAACAACAUUAUAACACCCUUUAUGCGAUGAUUAGCAAAUGGUUAAAAAAAGAAAGAAGGAGCAUCAAGGAUAUUGCAGCUGACAAAUCGACCAGAAAAACUGCACAAAUGAAUUUGUUGAAGAAAGAAAUCAAAUUCCUGAUGGAAGUCGAGAAACAACGACUCGAGCUCAAAUAUGAGCUGACUAAGCAUGACGAUAUUACCUUUUUAAAUAAGACAUCCAAACCAAAAAUAUUUAAAAAUAAAAAUGGUAAACUUUUAACUGUGGAUACAGUUGGAAAUCAAAAAGCAAGAGAACUAAAAGAUAUUUACUUGAAGAUCACUUCUCAGUUAUUACUAAGCAAAGCUGACAAUCGUUUGCAUUCUCUGGACGACUUAUAUAAUCUCGUUUGCGGAUCCAAAUACAAGUAUAAGCGAGAUUUUAUGGACGUUAUCGAAAUGGAAAAAGACUUAAUAAAGAUUCAAGCCGAAGCCGUCAGUUUGAAAUCAAUUCGGUCAAGGAUUGAGCAAUUAUUCCGGCACUUCAUCCGACAACCAGAAGUGAAUCCCGAAGUGGACUCGUAUUACAGGCCUACUGAAAAACGUAUUUUGAAUGUCUACACUUGCAUUCGAUGCAAACGUAACUUGGCGGCCACUGACUUUUCACUAGAGAGCCGAGUUAAUAGAACGAACGUGUGCGCCAAUUGCGAAUGGGCUGAGAAAGUGGGCCACAAACACAUUGAUAUGGCACCUUAUCGAAAAAUCCUGAAGACCUUAAGACAUGAUGAAUUGCAAAUGGCCGCUUAUCAUUCGGAAUGUUUUAUAAUGCAACCAACCGAAAUUUACCGCCUUGUAACGAUUAUAUGGGAAGAGAAGUCUGCUAUUAGUGAAACGAGUCAAUUAAAUGUGCUAAAAUUAGUUAGAUGGCGAAAGGAACAGCACUGGUCACCAUGGAAUUGCGUGUUACUGACUAGAGAUGAGGCAAAAGUGCAUUUAGAAAUCGAAGAUUCUUUAGAAGACUAUUACGAUGUAAAAUUUAUAUCUUGGGUGAACAAUAAGCAUUUUACGGCCAAAUUACAAUUUGCUAAUCUCGUACAAGUCGUUAAAAAUCGAAGUAAAAAGAAAUCUAUAGGGUUAACGAAAAAUUGGCAAGUUGUGGCGGAUAAUUUUAGCAUUAGGAUAUAGACUAAUACACGGUAGAUAUAUUAGACAAUGUUCAUAAUUAAUAGUUUAUUACAAUUAUGCUUAUCUCAAAAAUUUAAAAUGAAAAAUAAAAUUUUUACUUAUACUUCGGUAACACAUUAAUCAUAUUUUGUACAUGUCCCUUGAUGGUUGUAAAUUAUUAAAUUUAUCAAGGACAA